GUCGGUCCAGAACCCAAGAAGUUUUCUUUCUUCUUCCUCUCUCGUCUCCUCCUCCUCCGCGGGAGACUCUAGAAUCAUCUUCCCAUGGCGAGCGAAGAAAAUAAAGCCCUGGAAGAUCUUCUUGACAUUCAGCUACAAGAACAAAAAGAAUCUCUUUCCGCCAUUGACGAAGCCCUAAUCUCUGACCCAUCUAAUCCCGAACUCCUCUCGGUUCAUGAAGAACUUCUCAGUGCGAUCAAAGAGGUAGAGGAAGGGCUUUUGCACUUAAAACGAGCUCGGUUAUUGCAGGAAGCUGAUAUAGUGUUGAAUGGUCUAAAUCAUGAUGCCAGAGUUAAAGAUUUGGAUGAAUUGGAGCCAGAGAAAAAGGAUUUGGAUGGAUCGAAAUGUAGGUUUCGACAUACCGAUGGUCGUUGGUAUAAUGGUCGUAUUAUCGGAUUUGAAGGUUCUGAUUCUGCAAAGAUCUCUUUCCUUACACCAACAUCUGAGAGUAUGAUGAUUUGCAAGUUUUUCACGCAGCAGAGGUGUCGGUAUGGCAGUUCCUGUCGUUCAUCACAUGGACUAGAUGUGCCGAUAUCUUCUCUGAAGAAUUAUGAACAGACUGAGUGGAAGCAAUCGAUGGUAGGCUCUAAAAUUUGGGCAGUUUCUGGCAGUAAGUUCGAUAUAUGGAGAAAGGCUGAACUUGAAUCAUGGGAUGAUGAGUUACAAGUAGGCGGAGUUGUUUUCAUAGAUGAUAGAAGCUCCGCGAAGCUAGGAUCUGAUGCUUUGGCAUUAUCAGAGUUCGCUCAGAUGACUGAUGAUGAUGGGGAAGAGGAGGACGAGGAGGAUGAAGAACUGAGUGCUUCAGAUACUGAAGAUUCUGUUUCAAGUGAUUAUGAUGAAGAGUCUCCACAAGGCAUAGGUUUUCUAGAAAGCACAAAUCUACCGAGAGGCGUCCAAACUGACACCGCCUUAUUUGCUAAGUGGGAGAAUCACACUAGAGGAAUAGCUUCAAAGAUGAUGGCAAGUAUGGGUUACCGUGAAGGGAUGGGUCUUGGUGUCUCUGGCCAAGGGAUAUUAAAUCCCAUCUUAGUAAAAGUACUUCCUGCAAAGCGGUCACUGGAUUAUGCUCUUGAGCACAUUAGGAAUGGAGAAUGUAAAAGCGACAAACAAAAGAAGAAAAGGAGCAGAGGUGGGAAAAGGAAGCGUGGGAAGAAGUUUGCAGAAGCAGCUAAAGCAGCGAAACAGGAAGAGGAAUCGAAGCCAGAUUUGUUUAGCUUAAUCAACGAACAAAUUUUCCCUACUCACCAUGAGAAAGUAAACAGCAUAGAGUCUGUAAAAAAGAGGGAAAACAAAAGUCCAGUAGACAGGAAAGAUUUGGUUGCAUACCAAGACGAAGUCAAAGACUUGAAGUUAGAAGUCAUGAAACUAGAACAGAUGGUGAACAGAAACAAGAAAGAUCAAGUUGUUUCAGAGGCUGCGACGAGAAGAUUGAAAGAAGUCCGAAAGGCAUUGGCAAGUACAUUAGCAUCUCAAGAAGCUGCCUCAAAUGCUGUAGUAAGCAAAGAGAAAGAGAAGAAAUGGCUCAAGUUUUAGAACAUAGAACCUUAUUUCAGU